AUGGCACCCUCAAACAUGAAGGCUAUCAAGGUCGUCGAGGCCAAGAAGGCAGAAAUCCAGGACGUCCCUGUCCCCAAGAUCCGUGACGACUACGUUCUGGUUAAGGUAGAAGCUGUUGCUUUGAACCCCACUGACUGGAAGCACGUCGACUACCUCGCAAACCCUGGAGCUACCGUGGGCUGUGAUUACGCUGGUGUUGUCGAGGAGGUCGGCUCAGCAGUGCAAAAGAAGUUCUCCAAGGGCGACCGUAUUGCUGGCUUCUCUCACGGUGUCAACUCUGCCAACAAGGAGGACGGCUGCUUUGCCCAAUAUGCCCUCUCCAAGGGUGAUGUCCAGAUGAAGGUUCCCGAGUCUCUAUCGACCGAGGAUGCUGCAACUCUCGGUGUUGGUGUCACUACUGUUGGACAGGGUAAGCAAUCCAAUGCACUUUUACAAUAUUCAGGGCUAACCCUCCAACCUNNAGGUCUCUACCAAAGCUUGAAGCUCCCUCUCCCCACCGAGCCUGCUAAGCAGCCCUUCCCCGUCCUCAUCUACGGUGCUUCGACCGCCACUGGUACUCUCGCCGUCCAGUACGCCAAGCUGUCUGGUCUCGAGGUCAUUGCUAUCUGCUCUCCUCACAACUGGGACCUCGUCAAAUCCCUUGGUGCCGACGCCACCUUCGACUACAAGGACCCCGAGUGCUCGGCCAAGAUCCGUGAGCACACCAAGGACAACCUCAAGCACGCUUUCGACUGUAUCUCCGAGGGCAGCUCUCCCGAUAUCUGCGCCAACGCCAUCUCGAGCAAGGGCGGUGUCAUCUCCUACCUCCUCCCUGCCAAGUCCUCCCGCGAGGACGUCGUUGACCAGAGCACUCUGGGCUACACCGUCGUUGGUGAGGCCUUCACUUUCGCUGGUAACCCCAUCCCUGCUAAGCCCGAGGACUUCGAGUUCGGCAAGAUGUUCUGGGCGCUGGCUGAGAAGCUGUUCGCCGAGGGCAAGGUCAAGGCUCACCCCAAGGAGCUCCGCAGCGGUGGUCUCGAGGGUGUCUUUGGCGGUAUGGACGACAUGAGAUCUGGCAAGGUCUCGGGCAGNAAGCUUGUCUACAAGAUCUAA